AUGAGAGCUCCAUAUUCCCGUGAACGACACGUGGCCGAACUGGCCGUCUUGAGGGCAUCGAUUCUGACGAAGCGGGUCCAAUCGACCGUGAGUGAAAUCUCCAAGGACGACAACUCGCCAGUGACCGUAGCCGACUUUGCCGCUCAGGCUCUUAUCAUCUCUGCGCUCCGGGAUGCCUUUCCCGACGACGGCUUUCUCGGAGAGGAGGAUGCAGCUGCGCUGAGACGGGACGGGGCACUGGCCGAACAAGUCUACGGAUUGGUAUCGUCGGCACCGGAGGUGGCGGAGUAUUCGAAUUUCGAAGCGCCGAACACAUUGGCCAAACCAAUAUCCGUGGAGGACAUGUUGAACUGCAUUGAUCUUGGCGGCCGUGGGACUGGGGGCGACAAGGGCCGCUUCUGGAUCAUGGACCCCGUUGACGGGACGGCGGCGUUUGUCAAGGGUCAACAGUACGGCGUGGCGUUGGCUCUGAUCGAGGACGGCCGAGAAGUCGUCGGGGUGCUGGGGUGUCCCAACGUCGGCGCCAACACGACCCGAAUAUCCGAAGACGACGUCGACCGCGACGGCCUGGGCGUCAUGCUGACGGCAGUGCGAGGCCGAGGCUCGACCAUCCGCACCAUGAGUCUGCGCGGACUCGGAGCCGCUCUGGCCUUGAGCCAUCUGGAGUCGUCGCCAAACCCGGAGGACCUGCACAUCGUCGAUUGUGUCGCGAGUACGGACUCCCGCCACGACGUGGUCGCCAAACUCGCCCAUGACUUCCAGACCACACUCCCCGUUAUCGACCUCUGGUCGUUGCAUAUCCGCUACGCCGCCUUGGUCGUGGGUGGCGCUGAUGUACACUUUUGUAUCCCAACCACCCCAAACCCCUCGAGAAUGCACAUCUGGGACCACGCCGGCUCGCAGUUGAUCUUUACCGAGCUGGGCGGAAAGGUGACGGACCUAGACGGCAAGCUGGUGGAUUUCGGCGCCGGCAGAGAUCUCAAUCGCAACAGAGGGCUGGUCGUGGCAAGGGAGGGAAUUCAUGAGACUCUCCUGGCGGCCGUGAACAAGAUAUUGCUCGAGGCAUAG